AGGUAGUGAACCAGCAUGUGGCCGUCAUCCCGGGGGCGACCACCAGGGCGGCGGAAGAGGCAGGUCAGAUCGCGCAGGUGGCGGUGCCCAUGGAACGCUGGUCCGUGCUUAAACACACACAGGCCACGCCCACAGACACAUACGGCAUCAUGGAGUUCCAGGGAGGAGGACAUGUCAACAAGGCCAUGUACAUCCGUGUGGCGUACGAUACCAAGCCAGACAACAUGCUCCACCUGAUGGUGAAAGACUGGCAGCUGGAGCUCCCUACCCUGCUCAUCUCCGUCCACGGGGGACUGCAGAACUUUGACUUGCAGCCCAAACUAAAGCAGGUGUUUGGAAAGGGUUUGAUCCAGGCUGCAGUCACCACCGGAGCCUGGAUACUCACUGGCGGAGUCAGCACUGGGGUGAUCCGGCAUGUUGGAGAUGCGUUGAAGGACCACUCCUCAAAGUCCAGGGGGAAAGUAUGUGCCAUCGGGAUCGCUCCAUGGGGCAUCGUGGAGAACAAGGAGGAUCUGAUAGGAAGAGAUGUGACACGUCCGUACCAGGCCAUGUCCAACCCCAUGUCCAAGCUGUCUGUCCUCAACAACAGCCACUCCCACUUCAUCCUAGCAGAUAACGGGACCCGCGGAAAGUACGGCGCAGAGGUCCGCCUCCGCCGUCAGCUGGAGAAACACAUCUCCCUGCAGAAGAUCAACACACGUCUGGGUCAGGGGGUGCCUCUGGUCUGUCUGAUCCUGGAGGGGGGUCCCAACGUCAUCUCCAUAGUCCUGGAGAGCCUGAGGGAGGACCCCCCUGUCCCGGUGGUGGUCUGUGACGGCAGUGGACGGGCCUCUGACAUCAUCUCCUUCGCACAUAGAUACUCUGAGGACGACGGCUUGGUAAGUGAUAACGUGAAGGACCAGCUCCUGGUCACCAUACAGAAGACGUUCAACUACAACCGCGGUCAGGCCCAGCAGAUCUUCCUCAUGGUGAUGGAAUGCAUGAAGAAGCGAUCUCUGAUCACUGUGUUUCGUAUGGGCUCAGAGGGCCAGCAGGACAUCGAGAUGUCCAUACUGACAGCCUUGCUCAAAGGCACCAAUGCCUCUGCCCCGGACCAGCUGAGUCUGGCCCUGGCCUGGAACAGAGUGGACAUCGCUAGGAGCCAGAUCUUCGUCUACGGUCACCACUGGCCAAUGAGUGGCAGCGCGGCCAACACUACGGCAUCCCAGGAUAAGCCCAAGAGCCCGGUCCCAGCCCGCGGUGGAGCUGGUGGGGCAGGGAAGGGGAAGGCAAGGGUCAAGAAGGGCAAAGGAGGCAAGGCCAAACCAGAACCUCCGGAAGAGACGGACCCCAGGAAGCUGGAGCUACGCAACUGGGUGAACUCUCUGGAGCAGGCCAUGAUGGAUGCCCUGGUGCUGGACAGGGUGGACUUCGUCAAGCUGCUGAUAGAGAACGGUGUCAACAUCCACCACUUCCUUACCAUCCCCCGUCUGGAGGAACUCUACAACACGAGGCUGGGUCCAACAAAUACACUGCACUUUGUAGUAAGAGACGUUAAAAAGGGAAAUCUUCCACCGGAUUACCAGAUCACCUUGAUCGAUAUCGGAUUGGUCCUGGAGUUCCUGAUGGGCGGGGCGUAUCGCUGUAACUACACCAGAAAGCAGUUCCGCACCCUCUACAACAACCUCUACGGUUUAAAAAGACCGAAAGCUUUGAAAAUGUUAGGACUGGAGGACGACGAGCCACAAGGAAAGGGCAAGAGUAAAGGGAAGAAGAAGAAGAAGGAGGAAGAGAUCGACAUCGAUGUGGACGACCCAGAGGUCUGCCGCUUCCAGUACCCGUUCCAUGAGCUGAUGGUGUGGGCCGUUCUCAUGAAGCGCCAGAAGAUGGCUCUGUUCCUGUGGAAGCGGGGGGAAGAGGCCAUGGCCAAAGCUCUGGUGGCCUGCAAGCUGUACAAGGCCAUGGCCCACGAGUCGUCUCAGAGUGAACUGGUGGACGACAUCUUCCAGGACCUGGAAAACAAUUCCAAAGAGUUUGGCCAGCUGGCCUACGAGCUCCUAGACCAGUCCUAUAAGCAUGAUGAGCAGGUGGCCAUGAAACUGCUGACCUAUCAGUUGAAGAACUGGAGCGACUCCACCUGCCUGAAGCUGGCGGUAGCCGCCAAGCACCGAGACUUCAUCGCCCACACCUGCAGUCAGAUGCUGCUUACUGAUAUGUGGAUGGGAUGUCUGAGAAUGGGCAAGAGGAACGGCUUCAAGGUGAUAUUUGGCAUAAUUUUCCCACCAUCGAUUCUCCUCAUGGAUUUUCGACUCGGGGAGGAAGUGACAUAUCAAGCCCCAGCGGAGAACGAAGAAGCCAAGGACAAAGACCAUGACAAUAAAUCCAACAAGGAAGUGAACGCUGAUGCAGUGUCCAGAAAGGGGGAUGAAGAAGAAACCGCCGUAAAAAAGAGAAGAGUUCCAAUCGGAAAGAAGAUCUAUGAAUUCUACAACACUCCUUUCACCAAAUUCUGGUUCAACACUGCAAGUAGACUUUUAAUACAACUAAAAGAAAUGUUAUUUAGGAAGCAUUUCUCAAACACCUGUCACGACUUCUGCCGAAGUCGUUGCCUCUCCUUGUCCGGGCGGUGUUCGGCGGUCGACUUCACCGGUCUUCUAGCCAUCAUCGAUCCAUUUUUCAUUUUCCAUUGGUUUUGUCUUGUCUUCCCACACACCUGUUGUCAAUCCCAUUUAUUACCUGUUGUGUAUUUAACCCUCUGUUUCCCUUCAUGUGUUUGUCAGAGAUUGUUCGUUGUCAAGUGUUGUGCUGUUUGUGUAUAGGUGUGCGAUGGGUCUUCGUACCCAGAUUUUGUAUGAUAUUUUUCCGUGAGUGUUAUGGAGCUUAUUACUGGGACUUUUAUUAAAGUACUCCAUGCUACACUCUA